GGUUAGGAUACUUGUACUUAUCUCGACCGUAAGACGGAGCGGAUUUCUAGUCGUAUUUACAAUAAGAGGCUUUAGCCUUUUCACUUCCCCCAAAUCAAAAUCUUCUGAGUAAACCAAACCAUGGAUUCCGAAACCCUAAUUUCAUCUUCUGCUCCCCCGAAUCAAUUAGAUCAUCAUCCUGAUUCAGAAACCCUAGCUCCUCCUCCAGAAACCCUAGCUACAGAUCCCGAAACAGCAAAUCGAGAAGAAGAGCAACAACAGAAUCAAUUGGUAUCUCAAAACGGCGGUGGUAAUAGUGGCGGUGGUGCGAGUGAGAAAGAUGGUUCAGGAGGUGGUGAAGAAGAAACAAACAGUAGAAGGAAACGUCGGAGUAGAUGGGAUCCACCGACUGAAUCUGAAAACGCUGAAUCUGGAACUCGAAAGAGGAAAUCUCGUUGGGCAGAUGAUGAUCCAAAACCAGUAAUUCAACUUCCAGAUUUCAUGAAGGAAUUUACAGGUACUAUGGAUCUUGAUCCAGAAGUUCAAGGUCUUAAUAUACGAUUGUUAGAAAUUAGUAGAUUAUUAUCAUCUGGAUUAUCAUUAGAUGACCGUCCUGAAGGUGCUCGUUCACCGUCCCCUGAACCUAUUUAUGAUAAUAUGGGUGUUAGAAUUAAUACUAGAGAAUAUCGUAAUCGGGAACGAUUGACAAAAGAACGGUCCGAUAUUAUCAGUCAGCUGAUUAAACGAAACCCUGCGUUUAAGCCUCCAGCUGAUUACCGUCCUCCUAAGCUUCAGAAGAAGUUGUAUAUCCCUAUGAAGGAGUAUCCAGGGUACAAUUUUAUUGGUCUUAUCAUUGGUCCAAGGGGAAAUACACAGAAGAGAAUGGAAAAGGAGACUGGUGCAAAGAUUGUUAUCCGUGGUAAGGGUUCGAUUAAGGAAGGAAGGUUACAGCAGAAACGUGAUUUGAAACCCGAUCCUGCUGAGAACGAAGAUUUACAUGUGUUGGUUGAAGCUGACACUCAGGAUGCACUUGAGGCUGCUGCAGGGAUGGUGGAGAAGUUGUUGCAGCCAGUUGAUGAGGUGCUUAAUGAGCAUAAGAGGCAGCAGCUGAGGGAACUUGCUGCUUUGAAUGGAACCAUAAGGGAUGAAGAAUAUUGUAGGCUGUGUGGUGAACCUGGUCAUCGUCAGUAUGCUUGUCCUGCUCGUACCUCAACUUUUAAGAGUGAUGUUCUCUGUAAAAUAUGUGGAGACGGAGGUCAUCCUACCAUCGAUUGUCCCAUGAAAGGCACUACUGGAAAGAAAAUGGAUGAUGAAUACCAAAAUUUCCUGGCAGAAUUAGGUGGUAGUGGUCCUGAAUCAAUGACUAAACCAAAUUCAGCAGUAGCUCUUCUCGGGGCUGGGUCUAAUAGUUCAGGCAGUGUUCCUCCAUGGCAAAGUGGUAACAACUCCGGAGGUGGGGGUAUUGGGUCUGCAACACAACCAGGUUUGAUGACAAAUGGAGCCAAGACCGGGAAGGAUUAUGAUGAUACAAAUUUGUACAUUGGGUAUCUGCCACCGAAUCUUGAUGAUGAUUCGUUAAUUCGUCUGUUCCAACCCUUUGGCGAUAUUGUGAUGGCUAAGGUUAUCAAGGAUCGGGCGACAAAUGUAAGCAAAGGUUAUGGUUUUGUGAAGUAUUCUGAUGUUGCACAGGCGAAUCAAGCUAUUGCUAGUAUGAAUGGCUAUCCUCUAGAGGGGAGAGUGAUUGCUGUUAGGGUUGCAGGUAAACCUCCUCCGCCUGCAGUGCCAUCUGGACCUCCAGCUCACAAGAUGCCUACUUACCCUGCUCAAGAUCAGGGAGGAUAUGCUUCUCAGCAAUAUUCAUCUGGUGGACCUCUUCCGAAUGCACCCCAUAGUGGCUACAUGGCGGCACCAGUUCCUUGGGGGCCACCUCCUCCUUAUGCUCCCUAUCCCCCACCACCUCCUGGUGCUAAUAUGUACAAUCCUGUGCAAGGUCAAUCUAUGCCACCUUAUGGUGCACCAUAUCCUCCAGCACACCAAACCACACCUCCUGGUGCUGCACCAUCUCAUAGUACAGCUAGUGACGGGCAACAGAGCUUCCCCCCUGGUGUUCAAUCCCAAAAUACUCAACCCGCACCUUCUAGUAUGUAUGGAAUGCCUCCAAAUCCCUCAUACCCCCCACCAAAUUACCCCCCACCAAAUUACCCAUCUUAUUAUGCUGUGCCUCCUCCUCCUGUAUCACAUUCAAUGGGUGACCAUACACAAAACGUGGCUGCUGUUCCUUGGGCCUCAAAUCCACCAGCACCUCCACCUGAUUCAUCUGCCGAGCAGACAUCUUCCGGUGUUGAGGCUGAGUAUGAGAAGUUCAUGGGGGAUCUGAAAUGAAGCGGUUCGGAUCUUGAGAUCGCGUGAGAUUAUUUGGAGCUGUUGUGAACCUGCUUUCUUACCUAUUGCUAUGACACAACUUGUUGGAAGUUUCAGACUCACAUCAUUAACUUUGUUGUGCUAUUAUGAAAAAUGCAGAGUCUGGCUGGGCAAAGUUUUACUGCUGCUUCCUCCUGAAGGCCUUAUGAUGCUAACAGUUUCUUUGCUUUAUUCCUUUUAUGAAUAUGGGGGACUAAUUGCUGAUGAUUUGGUGUUUUUUUGAGAUGGGUUUUCACUUAGUUUCUUGGUUAAUAUUUAUCUUUGAUCUUGUUGGCUUAAUGAUAGCUCUGGUUCUGUAUUAGCUACUAAAUCAGCUGUUAGUGUGGGGUACGUGCAGAAAACUCUUUUCGCAUAACUAUUGAUUCUAGCUUAUAUUUCCCUUUUAAUUACAUUGGUGUCUGAUGAGGUUCUGAAGUUAUUUGUGGCAGGGCGAUGGAUGUGCUUCUGUAGUGCUAGUAGUUUUGACCCUAUGAAUUUUUAAGUAGUCCUCUCAUAAAUAAAUAAAUAAACUUCUAUAGAUAGUAUUAUUCUUUUUGGCCAGUGACUGAUGUUUGGGUUUUGUUAAGAAGAAAACAGAAAUACUUUCUUCUUUCAACUUCUUAAAAGAGACCCGUAUCUCUGGUUUUGAAAUUAGGGAGAUAAAUCUUUGAUGAUUACUUAUUGGGUAAAUCUCCAAGUAGUAAGAAAUUUUUUAAAUCAGCAUGAAGGGGUUGUAUCGUCAUUUGCUGAUGUUACUGUUUGAUGGGUUCUGUAACUUCUGUUCAAGUAGAUGUGGUACUCGUUGGUCAUCACAUUUUACCUCGAAGAGAACUUUGCAUGCUUUUGUGUCGGGAAUCCUGGGACGGAGACUCAAAUGUCCUGAACUGCAGGGUUCACAAUUAGUUGCAGCAGACAACGAUGUUGUGUUGAUGGAAUGGUUGUAAAAUCCUGCUAGUUCAUAGCUGGAAAAGAAACCAAUCCCUUAGAGAUAGGUAUUACCAAGAACCAGAUUAAGUGCCGUGCCUUUCAAAGUUUCCUCUGCUUUUUUGGAAUCUGUGGGACAGGAGAUUACCCUGGUUACGCUGCAAUUCGUUGGUUGAUUUCAGGUACUGAUACGGGUUUCAAUGGUAAUGGUGCUAAUGGAGAAAAAUGCUUGUUGCCAGCAUUGAUUUGGUUCCAACGCGUGCUGAUGGUGAAAAGUGCUUGUUGCCAGCAUCGAUUUGAUCCUUUGACCUCAACUUGCUCACUUUGGUCUAGUAAAAUUUAAAUAAGAUAAACUGCUUGAUAGAGCAAAUUUGCUUGAACUAGAGAGAUGGAUCUACUAUUUUUUUUUAAUCAAUGAAAAGAGCAAACACUUCUCUUCUGAAAA